CGGGGUCGGCCGCGCUGGCUCCGCCCCCUCUCCGCUGCCGACGUGGGGCGGGCGGCCGCGGGCGGUCAGGGGCCGCGGUGGGCGCGGGGAUGGGGCCGCUGCGGCUGCUGGCAGUGGCCCUCACGUGCUGCUGCUGGCCGCGGGGCAGCCAGAGUAAGACCCUCCGGGGCAGCUUCAGCAGCGCCGCGGCCCGAGACGCUCAGGGCCAGAGCAUCGGCCACUUCCAGUUCCACGGUGACCAUGCUCUUCUGUGUGUCAGAAUCAACAACAUAGCAGUAGCGAUGGGAAAAGAAGCUAAACUCCACCUAUUCCAAGCCCCAGAGUGGCUGAAGCUGCAGGAAAACAGUCAGGAUUACAGCUGCCAUGAAAAACUAGCCAAAGCCCAGCUGACAGUGACCAUGAACCAGACAGAACAUAAUAUGACAGUGUCCCAGAGUCCGUCUCCACAAACGUGGCACGUGCUUUACGCAGACAAAUACACGUGCCGAGCUGCCGAGGAGGCUCCUCCGGAGGAAGACGUCCCAUUUGAGAUGGUCUUACUAAACCCAGAUGCUGAAGGGAAUCCGUUGGAUCAUUUUAGCGCUGAAGAGUCUGGACUGCACGAGUUCUUCUUCCUGCUCGUCCUGGUGUACUUCGUGAUCACUUGCAUUUCUGCCCAGUCCUUGUGGCAGGCUCUCAAGAAAGGAGGCCCCAUGCACACGGUCCUGAAGGUCCUGACGACGGCGCUGCUCCUACAGGCUGGCUCGGCCUUCGCUAACUACAUUCAUUUCUCCAGUUACUCCAGAGACGGCCUGGGGGUGCCUUGGAUGGGAAGCCUGGCCGAAUUUUUUGACAUCGCUUCCCAGAUCCAGAUGCUGUACCUGCUUCUGAGUCUCUGCAUGGGCUGGACCAUCGUGAGGAUGAAGAAGGCCCAGAGCAGGCCGCUGCAGUGGGACUCCACCCCCGCGUCCACUGGCACUGCUGUGGUCAUCGUCCUGACACAGAGUGUGUUACUACUUUGGGAGCAGUUUGAAGGUACCGGUCAUCACAGCUCCCACUCGCACCACAACUUAGCCGGGAUCCUUCUGCUCAUUUUGAAAGUUUGCCUGGCCUUGUCGUUAGGCUGUGGCCUCUAUCAGAUCAUCACGGUGGAGAGGAGCACACUGAAAAGGGAGUUCUACAUUACAUUUGCCAAAGGCUGUAUCUUGUGGUUUUUAUGUCAUCCAAGUUUUGCAUGCAUUUCUGUCAUUUUUAAUGACUACCAAAGAGAUAAGGUUAUCACCAUAGGUGUUAUCCUUUGCCAGGCUGUUGCCAUGGUAAUUCUCUACAGACUCUUUCUCUCGCACAGUCUGUACUGGGAAGUUUCCUCACUCUCCUCAGUCACACUACCACUGACCAUAGCAUCUGGACACAAAAGCCGCCCUCACUUCUGAUACUUGAUUUCUGCAGAAAAGCAAAAUGAAUUGCUUCCGGCAGUGCAAUAAGGACCCAGAUACAGCGACUUUGUUUUUCAUACAUUUGGUGUGGAAACUUG